AUGUCGAGUCUGUUUUUCACAGAUUUCGAGUGCGCGGGCGACGAGGUGCUGGUCGAGUCAUCGCCGCCCGCCUCGCCGGAUAUGGCGGCGAGGCUAGCCGCCCCUACCCAGGGCGCCGCCACGUCGGCUGGGGACACCUCCCCUACCACCGUGCGGGAGCUCAUCGUGAUCCCGGAGCUGCCGAGUUCCAUACACCUGCAGCACGCCAUUCAGCAGGUCUCCAACAACGUGGUGGAGGUGAACGGUGACAGCUCCGGCCAGUCCAGCCCGAAUGCGGAACAGCAUACGUACAUCGCUGUGACAAUGCAGGGGGCAUGGAAGGACGGUGACGCUUCCCAAGUCAAGGCGGAGGACCUCAGCGACCAGGAAAGCGAGGGUGGUAACGGUGUCAACUACCACGUGCAGUAUGUGGAGCCGCAGGAGAUAUACACUCAAGGCGCGCAGGGCCACAUGGAGCCGCUGCGCACGUACCCCGUGUACGGCGUGGCGAGCGUGGCGAACGGGUCCGUGGCCGGCGUGGGCGUGGCCGUGGAGGGCGUGGCCGUGGAGGGCGCCGCGGAGGGCGCGUGGGCGGGCGAGUUCGCCUUCAGCGGCGCCUCCGGGGAACCGGACGCGCCCACCUCGCCCGGCCCCUCGCCCCGCAUGCCCCCCGCCACCGUGCAGUGGCUGCUCGACCACUACGAGACGGCCGAAGGCGUCUCGUUGCCCCGUUCGACUCUGUACGCCCACUACUUGCGGCACUGCACCGCGCACCGGCUGGAGCCGGUGAACGCGGCGUCGUUCGGCAAGCUGAUCCGCUCGGUGUUCGUCGGCCUGCGCACGCGCCGCCUCGGCACGCGCGGCAACUCCAAGUACCACUACUACGGGAUACGCGCCAAGCCGGGCCACGAGCCCGCGCCCUCGCCCGCCGACAAGCACGACCUCUCCGAACACGAUUCGCAGGAGGAGCGCGAGCCGGAGCCGUCGGUGGGCGCGGGCCCGGUGGGCGGGAUCGGGAUGCACCGGCAGUACCUCGGCUGCGCGACGCCGCCGGACCCGCCGCCGCUGCGCCUCGACCACCUGCCGCCCGACGUGCCCCCCGAGGCGGCCGAGGCGCUGCGCAGGCACCACCGCGAGCACGGCGCCGAGUUCCUCGCGGCGGUGGCGGCGCUGGACGUGGGCGCGGUGGAGCGCGCGCGGCGCGCCUUCUGGCGCCGCCCGCUGGCGCUCUGCCGGCGCACGCUGCUCAAGCUGUUCGCGCGCGACGACGUGGCCCACUGGCUGCGGCGCGCCGACCUGCAGCUGCACCAGCGCGCCGUCGACCUGCUGCUGCCGGACGUGCUGCGCCCCAUACCCUCGCAGCUCACGCAGUCGAUCCGCAACUUCGCGAAGAACGUGGAGUGCGCGCUGUCGGAGGGGGGCGGCGCGGCGGCGGGGGCGGCGGGGCGCGCGCAGGCCGCCGCCGCGGGCGCGCUCUCGGCCGCGCUGCGCCGCUACACCUCGCUCAACCACCUGGCGCAGGCGGCGCGCGCCGUGCUCACCAACCACACGCAGAUACAGCAGAGGCCCAACAUAAGAAAAAAACUUAUUAAAUAUAUGCUGUCGGACCUGAAUCGCGUGGACUUCCGCGUGGUGCGCGAGCAGGCGGCGUGGGCGUGCGCGUGCGGCGUGGGCGCGCACGCGCACCGGCUCGAGGCCGACUUCAAGGCGACGCUCGGGCGCGGCGCCUCGCUCGAGCAGUGGGCCGCCUGGCUGGAGGGCUGCGUGAGGGGGGCCUUAGCGCCGCACGAGCGCCGCAAGGACUUCACGGCGCGCGCGCGCCGGCUGCUGCUCGACUGGUCCUUCUACUCGUCGCUCGUCAUACGCGAGCUCACGCUGCGGUCGGCCGCCUCGUUCGGCUCGUUCCACCUGAUCCGGCUGCUCUACGACGAGUACGUGUCCUUCCUGAUUGAGCGGCGAGUCGCCGCACAUUGCAGGCUGCCGCAGAUCGCCGUCAUGCAGCGGGCUCUGGAGGAGGACGAGGAGGUAGCGAGGGAGGGGGCGCGCGGUUCGGACGAGGGCGGCGAGCGGAACGGGCACGGGGAGGCAGACGGGGAGGGUGGCGGGGCCAAGGCCGAGGAGAACGAGCUGGAGCCGGAGCCCGACCGCGACUGGGACUGGGACGACGACGACGAGGACGAGGACGAGGACGCGCCGCACCAGCCCGGCCUCAAGAGGCCCAAGCUCAAC